UUCAAUAGCUCCGCUCAGUCGUUCGUUCGGAUGCCAAAUUCGCAGAAGAGAGAGAGAGAGAGAGAGAGGGAAGCUGAGAAAUGGAGUGUGAGAGUGGAAGCUGAGGACUUCUCCCACCCCCGCCCGUGCCCUAAUUCCUCGAAUAACCACUGCGAUAAUUUUCUCCUGUGAGAAAGAGAACUUUUUCCAUAAAUAUUUUCUAAAUUUCAAUAAAAAUGCCCGAGGAGACUUCGGCGAGUGAAGUUGCCGAGAAAGAGGCGCCGGUUGCUAAUGGGGAUGUUCCUCAUAAAAGCAGCGAGCCUGUGAUUGAGAAGAAAGACAAUGGGAUCAAUGGAGUCGAUAAAAUGGAAGUAGAUAGUAAGGAUGAAGAGAAGGCUGAUCCUGAGAACGUUGAUGCAGAGGCAAAGGUAGACAAGGAUAACAAGGAAGAAAAAGAGGAGGAGGAAUCUAUGGAUGCAGCUGAACAAGAAGAUGAUAAGGGUGACCAAGAAGAAAAAGAAGAGGAUGCAUCUAAAUGUGCACCUACGGAUUUAGACAAGGAUAGUAAGGAAGUCAAAAGACAGGAAGAACCUAGAAGGGAAGCAGCUGAAGAGAAGCCUGUUUUGGAAGUGGAAGAGGAUAACAAUGAAGAGAACAAUGAAGCUGAACAAACUAACGAAACUUCGGAGGAGGUUGACAAGACGGAUGCAGAAUUAGAAAAGGCAGAAGCGAGCAAAGAGAAUAACGAAGAAGAGAAGGCUGAACAGGAAAAAGGGAAUGAUGAUGAGGAGAUGGCUGAAGAGAGUAAUGAGAAAAAGGAUGAAAAGCAGAAGGCCGAAGAGAAAGAAGAAGAUAAGGGGGGUGUAGAGAAGGGAGAAGAGAUUAAAGAAGAGAAGUCUGAAGAACAUAAAGAGGAGAAAGGGCCAAAGAGAAGCAGAUCAAAGAAAGUUCAAGUGAAGAAGCAAGCAAAGCAGGAGGUGGAGCAGAGGACUCCUCUCACUGACCGUCCUGUACGCGAGCGAAAAUCAGUAGAAAGACUAGUGGCGACCAUUGACAAGGACGCCAACAAGGAGAUUCAUAUUGAAAAGGGCCGUGGCACACCACUGAAGGAUAUACCUAAUGUGGCAUAUAAACUGGCAAGGAGGAAGCCUGAUGACACCUGCAAAUUGCUCCAUACUGUUCUGUUUGGGAGGAGAGGAAAGGCCUUCCAGAUCAAGGGUAACUUAUCCAGGUUUUCUGGUUUUGUGUGGCAUGAUAAUGAGGAAAAGCACAGGAAUAAAGUGAAGGAAAAGCUUGACAAGUGGACCAAGGAAAAGUUGCUGGAAGUAUGUGAUAUACUUGACAUACCUAUUGCCAAGGCUACCACUAGGAAGGAAGAUAUUAUCGUGAAACUUAUAGACUUUUUGGUGGCUCCCCAUGCUACAACUACAGUGCUGCUUGCUGAGAAAGAGUCUGGUAAGGGCCAGAAGCGAAAGAGGGGUGUUAAACGGAGUUCAUCAACACCGAGGAGUGGGUCUUCAAGUCGAUCAGCAAAGGGCCGAACAAAGAGCGAGGAUGCUUCCAAGAGAGGAAGUAAGAAGGCUAGUUCUGAUUCUGAUGAUGAUUCAGAAGAUGAGAAAGAAGAAAAGGAGCAUGAGACCGAUGAUGAGAAAACGGAAAAUGGUGUUUCAGAAGAAUCUGAUCAUGAGAUGCAGGAUCGAUCUGAAAGCGAGGAAGAAAGUAAAAGUAGUUCUGAAGCUGAAUCAGAUGAAGAUGCAGGGAAAAAGAAGAAACAGAAAUUGUCCGGCAAAAAGCAAUCUGCUGGAAAGGCUAAAAGCAAGGAUAUCGAGGCAUUGAAGAAGUCUAGUCCACCACGUAAAAUGACAAAGAAAUUGUCAGCAUCAAAACGUUCAAAGGUUGAUGAUGAUAGUGAUGCCAGUCCAACUCCAAGGAAGAAAAAUGAUUCAGCAGUUAGCAAGUUUCCAACUCCAGCAAAAUCUGCUUCCAAGGAGAAGACUGGUAAGAAAGCUGCAAAAGGAAGGGACAAGAAAGCCCCAAGCAAUGAUGAGCUAAGAGAUGCAAUCUGUGAAAUCCUUAAGGAGGUCGACUUUAAUACGGCUACAUUCACUGACAUCCUGAAGCAACUCGCCAAACAAUUCGACACGGAUCUCACCCCGAGGAAGUCGGCGAUAAAGCUUAUGAUCCAGGACGAGCUCACAAAGCUUGCUGACGAGGCCGAUGAUGAAGAGGAAGAGGCAGAUGGCGGUGCCGGGAAAGAUGAGAUGGCUGUUGAUGGCACGGAGGUGAAAGCUUGAAGAUAAGUCUUGUGGAAGAACCUCGUGUGAAUGGUCAUCGUCUUCCUCCCCUCUUCGCCUCUUCACUGUCCUGCUCCUUGUUCCCUGUUUCAUCUUGUUGUUCUACUAGAGCUCGCUCGCUUGUUAAUACUCGGUUAAGCCUCUUAUAUGUGCUGGGAAAACUAACUUAUUUUUUCUUUUUUCUUUUUUCCUUCUUAUUGUCGAAUAGCGAGAGAAUUAUGUAUUUAAUAACCGUGCUAGUUAUGUUCAAUUAGGACUAGUAUGCCAGGACUCCUCUGCAUAUACAGUGUCGCAGUUUGUGGAAUGAACUGUGCAGAGCUUUUACAUUAUCCCUUUUAUUAAUGCCCCCGGCGCAAUUUCAAAUCAA